GCGCUCUUGAUCUAUUUUAUUUCCUCCUCUUCUAUUCUUUCUUUUUUUUUCAUUCACCCCGCGAACCAUUGUGGUGACGAUCCGGAAAGAUGUCGUCCUUCGAGUCUGUUGUCGUCAUUGAUGGCAAGGGUCACCUCCUUGGUCGACUCGCCAGUAUCGUCGCGAAGCAGCUACUCAGCGGUCAGAAGAUCGUUGUCGUCCGCUCCGAGGCCCUCAACAUCUCCGGCGAGUUCUUCCGCGCGAAGCUCAAGUACCACGCCUACCUUCGCAAGAUGACCCGAUACAAUCCUACUCGAGGUGGUCCCUUCCACUUCCGUGCCCCGUCGCGAAUCUUCUACAAGGCCGUCCGUGGCAUGAUCCCCCACAAGACUGCCCGAGGUGCUGCCGCGUUGGAGCGACUUAAGGUCUUCGAGGGUGUCCCCCCCCCUUACGACAAGCAGAAGAAGAUGGUGGUUCCCCAGGCUCUCCGCGUCCUCCGACUACAACCCGGUCGCAAGUUCUGCACUGUCGGCCGAUUGAGUCACGAGGUUGGCUGGAAGUACCAGGAUGUUGUUGAGCGACUAGAGGAACGACGAAAGGCGAAGGGUGCGGCAUACUACGAGCGCAAGAAGCUCGCCCUACGACAAAAGUCGGAAGCCAAGAAGAACGCCAAGGUCGACAGCAAGACGGCCAAGGCUCUCGAGUCAUACGGCUACUAAUUGUUUCUUCAUCCUUCUGCAUUUUUUCGGCUCACUAAACAAAAAUACCAACACAAUUCCGUCUCAUAUUGCAACUAGAUCCGGCGUGUGGGUUAGGGAAUCUCGAUCAUCACAUUUGCUCUUGUCAUUACCGCGCGCAGUUCGAGGGAAGGCAGGGGCGGUCAUAGGGUUGGGGAUAUGUCACCGGCUCCGGUCCUGUGUUCAAUAACGAAUUCGUCGUUCGGACACUGAAUGAGAAAAACGACAUCAACGAAAGAAACCUGUGCAUUUUUUGAUCCCCAGUGUGAUUUGUGAUUACUGAUGUGAACGAUGUCGCCAAACUACACGACUCUCAAGUCUCACGAUAAUACUUUUAACUAACACGUCUAUUCUUAGGCAUUUCUCGAAACAUUCUAGAUACUUGGGGGGUCCUAGCUACC